UCGCUCCGUCUCGUCUCGCCGCCGCAGUUUAAGGUUUAGAGGUUACACAACGUGCACGAGUUCUCGAGCGUGCGUACGCUGCCGGUUUCGCACUUCGACCGAUUCGGUGAUUGCGAGGGAAUUGCGACCAUGGCUGCUGCCAAUGCUGUGAAGAGGCUGAUUCCUCUCUUCGACAGAGUCCUUAUACAAAGAGCCGAGGCAAUUACCAAAACAAAAGGUGGUAUUGUACUCCCCGAGAAAGCACAAGCGAAAGUCCUGCGAGGCACGGUUAUAGCCACAGGUCCUGGAGCGAGAAACGAUAAAGGAGAGCAUAUGCCUUUAAGCAUUAAGAUUGGAGAUGUUGUAUUACUUCCUGAAUAUGGCGGCACGAAAGUUGAACUUGACGACAACAAGGAGUACCAUCUGUUCCGCGAGUCGGAUAUAUUAGCCAAAGUAGAGGUUUAAACACGUUGACUUUAAAUUACGUUUUUCAGUUUUGUAAAUGCUAUAAGUUGUUUUCCUAGAACCUCAUGAACUGGCAGCAAAAACUAUGUACACACAGGAGUUACAUAUAUAUAAUUGAAAGUUACCUAAUUAACUUGAUCAAAAGACCUAAUUUUUUCUGUUGCUGCUAAAAUGCCAUUGUUUCUUACUGUACAUACAAUUUUCUGAUAAAAUAAAGCAUUUAUCUAUUGUAUUUAUGUUAUCGUUGAUUAACACUGUUCGAUAAAAAAUAAACUUGACUUUUGAAUGCAA